AUGGAGAAGAAAGAAUCGGAAGCGUGCUCAUGAGAAGAAGCUGCUUUGGAAUUUGACCAAAGAUUGUGCAAUAUCUGGAAGCGCAUGGAAGAUCUCGACUCUGAAGAUGAAUUUGAUGAAGCAUUAAAUGAGUUGGAUAUUUUAGAAGACGAAAUGGAAAGUGGGAGAUGGAAUUGGAUGAGGCAGAAAUUGAAGAAGAGGAAGAAGAUUCAGAAGAUGCAGAAAAUGGAGGGACAUACCCUCACGAAAUAG